CGGGGGCGGGGCAGGGGAGCGGAGCGGAGCGGGCCGGGCUGCCCGCGGACGGCCCCGCCAUGGCCCGCCAGCUGAUCGGCCCCGCGCUGCCGCCCGGCUUCCCGCGCCGCGCCGAGGCCGAGCCGGGCGAGGACUUCAGCCAGGUUGCAGGACCAGCACUUCCUCCAGACUACAAAAGCAGCUGUAGCUCAGGAACUCCUGACAGUGAUGACGAUUCAGAAUGUCUUCCUCUACCCAGAGACACAAAUAGAGAUUCUGAAGAGGAGACAGAAGGAGAUCCAGCACCCAAAAAGCCAAAAAGAAUUCAUGAAGACAAUGAUGAUGAUGAUGAUGGCUUUUUUGGGCCAGCUCUUCCCCCUGGAUUUAAAAAACAGGAUGAUUCUCCAGAGAGGCCCAUUAUAGGUCCUGCACUACCACCUGGCUUUAGGAAAACUUCAGAGGACACCAGGAGUAGCAGAAGUUUCAUAGGACCAUCUGUUUCAUCAGAAUCCCAUCCCCAGCUGACAGAUAGUAGUGACGAUGAAGACAAUUUAAUAGGCCCAAUGCCUGCAAAAGGACCAGUGGAGUCUGAUGUGGCUGAAGAGUUUGAACGCAGAGCUCAGAGAAUGAAAGAAAAGCUUACUUCAACAGACAGUGAUGAACCCAAACAAGUUACCAGGGAAUCAUGGAUGACAGAGCUUCCACCUGAGUUGAAAAGCUUUGGAUUUGGCCCAAGAACAUUCAAGAGACGAGCUGAUGACAAAUCAGGUGAUAGAUCUAUUUGGACAGAUACUCCAGCUGACAGAGAGAGAAAAGCUAAGGAAAGAGAAGAGGCAAAAAAGUCAAGCAGUAAAGAUAAUGAAGAAAUGGUAUUAUCUGGGAGGGACAAGAGGCUUAUUGAGCAGGUGACUUCAUACAAUGAGUCAAAGAGGUCAGAGUCUCUCAUGGACAUACACCAGAAAAAAUUGAAGAGCAAAGCAUCUGAAGAAAAGAGCAAACCUCAGGAAAGAAGGCCAUUUGACCGAGAGCAGGAUCUCAAAGUCAAUCGCUUUGAUGAAGCACAAAAGAAAGCUCUUAUAAAAAAAUCCAGAGAUCUGAAUAGUAAAUUUGAGCACAGUAAAGGCAACAUGUUUUUAUAAGAUGAAAGCACUGAGCUUUUUUGAAGUGAAGUCAAUUAAAAUUUGAAUACUUAAUUUUUGUAAGUAUUUUUCUGUAAAUAUUUGUAUGCAAAAUAAAUAUCCUGAUGUUUAACUAUUUUUCCUUGUCUGUAAAUACUCUUAUAAAUACUCUCUUAGGGAGGAUCAUCUGUACUAAAACUAAACUAAAGGGAGAGUCCUGAUAUACAAAAAAUAAACAUUUGCUACUUUGAAACUUUGAUACAUAUAUUUUUUUGUUGUUCACUUAAAAAUAAUUAAUUAAAAUAGGUGAGUUUUUAAGGAGCUCUAGAUUUAAUCUUGUAAUUGAGUUGGCAGUUUUCCUUUUUCUCCUGUCAUGCUUAAGAUACUCUUUCUGAGCCUGACCUGAAGGCCAUGGAAAAAUCCUCUUUACAGGAUUUUAUAAAAAUCCCAUUUUUGUGUGUGGCACAUUGCUUGACUGGAGCUUCUGCUGGGGAGUAUAAACUCAAAUAGUAGCUUCUACAUUUGCCCAGUGCUUUUAUCUCUGUGAUAUGUCUAUACAUAAAUACAGGUUUAUGUGUAUGCAGUAUAGUUUUUGUACUGUAGCAGGAAGUGCUAGGAGUAGCAGGAGUAGUAAAACCUCAAGAUUUUCAGAGUUAGUUGUAACAUGGUAGUAAUAUGAGAAGAGAAAAAUUGAGUUUCAAUUUGUAGUGAUUGUCAUCAGAAAUCCAUCUUUUUUUAAGCACAUACAAUGUGAGACUCAAAAUAAGGCUUAUUUCGUCCAUUAAUUUGCAGACCAGAACAGCUCUUCUGUAAGGAAGGAAAAAAAUCUGACAUUUUAAAAAGUCUACAUUCAUGUUUAGAAUUCUUUACCUCUUCUGUGGGUUAGCAGCAGAAAGGAUUGUUAAACCUUGCAGUGGGCCGCUCAAGGAGGUGGUGGAGUCUGCGUCCCUGAAGGUGUGCAAGAAACAGCUGGAUAUAGCACUCGAUGCUUGGUCUACACAGUGUCAUCAGUCAAAGGCCGGAGUCAAUGAUUUAGAAGCCUUUUCCAACCUAAAUGAUUCUGUGAUUCUGUGUUAAUUAUUUACAAUUAGACCUGUGCUUUUGCCCAGUCUUGGAGAGUUUAAAAUGUUGCAAAUGACUGCUUAUGUGGAAUGCAUUUAGAUACCACUUUUUUUCUAAUGGGCAAUUUAUUUUGCCAGUUGAAAAACCUGCUACCUUCAGGAGAAAGAGAGACUGAUUUUGUAUUGUGUUUGCUUUUUAUCAGGUUUCAGUUUCUGGGCCUUCUGUUUUGAGGUGAGAGGAAGGAUUAAAUAAGGGCUAUGUAUUUUUCUUCCCCUAAUACAGACUUCUCUUGCCUCAUGCUUUUUUUUAACUCAGCAAGCAAGGCCUCAUUAAGAUUCUACUUUCUGAGCAAAUGUAGAUUUCUUUAUUGGAGAAGCAGUAUUAGAAAUGUCUGGGAUUUUUUUAGGCAACUAAAGUGAUGACAGGGUGAACAUGGUAUGACUAGCUAACUCUUCACAGCUGAAAAAAAAUUACUUGAUGAGUGCAUCGUGCAGUCCUUGCUCAUUCAAAGUCUGGAGCAAGGAUGAGGGCUUCUUGUAUAAAAACGUUGUUGUUCUGUUGUCUGUUUUGACUUUUGUUCUUUGGCCCCUUCUCCUCCAAACUGAGGUGGGAGGAGCGGUCACAGAUGGCCAGAUCCAGUCGGCUCCCUGCUGUUUGCUGUCUGCCCUGCCUGGCCCCAUCAUGGUCUCCUGCACUAUCCAAGGCCAUGUUUGAGAGGAGGCGCUCCUGACAGGAGUGCAGCAGCCCCUUUGCCAUUGUGCACUACUCUUCCAUCUGUGGGACCCAUGGUUCUAGUUCAUGUAGCCUUGGUGCGAGUUGGGAGCUUGUUUUUGACUUAUUUUUCCCCCACUCUGCGGCAGCUUCAUAAAGACUUGAUGAUAUCAGUGUUAUGAACUUGAGGUGGAGGAAAGUGGAGUUGUUGAGAGUUCAAGUUAAGCUUUUCAUUACUUUGUGUAAAUUGCAUGAACCUUUGAACUGAAUUCAUACACAACUUCAUCUCUUACUCAUGCCAAGCCAUCCCCUCAAAUAGUCAUUAGAACAAGCAUUAACUCAGUAAAUUACAAGCUCUGUAAGCUUUCAUGGGAAAAGAUGAGACAUCUUCUACAAUUUGGACAAGUUGUAAAGCUUUUCUGCUGAAAUGUUAGGAGGUGUUUUUUUUCAGAAUCUUAUUUGAAAAACCAGAAUCUAUUUCACUGAGAAUCUUCACCAUAAUUACUAUGCAGUGUUUCUGGUAAGCAGCUCUCAACGUGGAUUUAAUUUAUGCUGUUGCUAUUCUGCAGUGCCAGCCCAUGUCACACCAUACUGACUCCAGGCAUAUCAGGAAAUCCUGUUUUGUAAAAAAAAAAAAAAAAUGUCAGAGAAGUUUUCCUGGAUGUAAAAGUCUACCAGCCUAGAUUUUAGUGUGAUUGCCUUUGAUUUGGGCUGGCUUAGGCGUCCUUUAUUUAUACUGGUGUUGAACAUUUCUGCUCAAAAGUGAGGUCUCCCUCUUCUGAAAUGUUAAAUAGGUGUGUAAUUCAUAGUAUAGUCAAUAAAAAGAAGGCUUUGUGGUAGGCAUAUGAUAAAUUGGGAGUUUAAAAGGAAUUUUAAGGAACGUUAUAUGUUAGUAACAAAACAGAAAGGGAAAGGAACCAAAAAACAAUCUUUGAGUUUGCUGUUACCAAGUAACAACUAAGAGCUGUAUAGACAUUUCAAGAAAACUUCCUGAUUGCUCUGUAUGUCUCUUCAGGACAAAUAUGUUGAGCUACCAUGCUGUCUGAGAUGGAAAAUUUUGUUAGAAUGUGAUACAGUAAUACCUGGGUAAAAUCUCUGUCUAUGCUCUUCCAAUGUAAACAACUAUUUGUGGAGUUAUUUUCUGAUUUUGCUAUUGCAGAAUUGAUUUUUGGUGGAUGUCCUGUGCAUGUUGGCUUUCCUGGGAUAAAAUGCAUUUCCCAAAUAAUCAAUGGCAAUAGAAAUGUGUUUUAUUUAGGGCUUUGAUGGCAUCAUAUUGAUAGCACCAAAAUGGCAUUAUAGAAAUUUUUUUUUUUGAAAGAAACACUGAGAUGAAACAUUAAUAUAUUUCUGUCUAGUAGAAAAGGGGGUUUUUCACAUAAAAGAAGAUUUUAAAAGUUCCAGAAGAUUCCAAGAGUCCUGGGUUAAUGGAGCUUGGGGACUUGUUUUGUUUCUGAAAUGUAAAUUUGUUAUGAUUUCUGUCUAGCCAAUUACAAGUCACAUGUUGAUUUAAGAGUCAUAUAGCAUUAAAAAUCAGAAUCUGAAAACUUUCUGUGCAUGUGCACACCCACCUUGUGUGCAUUGCAUAUAGUUUCUAAUUGCAUAAUUGCCUAAUUCUCAAAUAAAAGACAUGCAUAUGUUUUCCUGUC